GCCGCCGCUGGGAGACGCCACCGGGCAAAGCCCGCGCGGCGGCCGGCGGCGGCGGGCCACCUUCUCUCGCGCUGCGAGGGCACCGGCUGGUUCAGCGCGUUGGUCCUGGACGGCGAGCUCUGCCAGCGGUGUGCGGGCGCCGGGGCGGCGGCCCCGGGACCUUCUUGCGGUCCGGCGGCUGCUGUGGCUGCACGGGCAGCGCGGCGGCCGGAGCUGGAGGUGUCGCGUCUUGCAUCCAGGCGGCGCUCGGGGCGGGAUCCCGCGAGGUGCGGUCUUCGGCUGCGGGCGGCGUCCCCUCCGGAUUUGCAGCGGUGCUCGUCGGCGUCCCUGUGCUCCGGAGGUUGGGUGCUGGUGGCGCGUGCAUGGUCACUGGGCUUGGCUGGGCGCGGCUGGAUCUGGCACCUGCGGGGACCUCUCGCGCGACUCUGCUCGUCGGCUCUGCGUGGUGCUGCUGCGAUGGCGGGCGGCGGUGGUCUGGCGCUUCUGGUUCUGGUGUGAAGGAGGGGUGUGGCCAGGGGGUUGGCCGAUGUGGCGGUGGCCUGGCGUGGAUGCGGAAUGGGCUCGUUCUGGAUGGAAGUGCUGCGAGGGGUGGUGACGCGCCUGAGCUUGGUGGUCGACGAUGGAGGUAGCUUGGCGCAGCGGGAAGGUGGAGCCGGUGGGCGUCAACCAUGGGGAUUGUGUGUUGCGCAGUGCUUCGGAUCUGCUCGGAUUCGGAGGUGUGGAGGAGCUCCGGGCGAAAGUCCAGCACUGACCUUGGGUCGGUGCCGGCAACAGCGGCGCCAUGGCCGUGGUGUCGUUCCCUUUCUUGAAGGUGUUGCCAUAGAGCUCCAUUACACGACUCUCCGGGAGAAAUCCCUAGCUUCGGAUGGUCGAGGCGGGCGAUGAUGGCUGCUACGUCGUUUCCUUCUUUGAGGCAUCGCCUUGGAGAGUCAGCAUUUGCAGUUUGCAUGGAUCUCUUCAUCGUCGGGGAUAGUGGAUGUCGGGGCGGCGGCUUCGAGUGGUUUCUGAUUGUGCGUCGAGAUGGCGAUCUCGGGAACAAUGUGAGUGACAACUCUAUGAGGUGGGGCUCUAUCUCGACAUUGGUUGGGUGGCAUCCUUGUCCCGCUUGGGCGGUAGGGGUGUCGGCUCGGUCGAUGCGCCCCAGAGGGGGCGAUCUAACUUUACGUCGGGGCGGCGGCCCCGGAUGUGGUGUGACGUUCGUGGUCUGCGAGCGGUUGCCCUGAGCAGCGUGGGCUGCAGGCAGCUGGGUUGUGCGGCGUUGCUGCUCGAGGGGAGCGGUGGCCGCCCCGGAAGGUGGUGCCGGUUGAUUGCGCUGGGCGCGAGGGAGCGGUGGAUGUCGGGGAGGCGGCCCCGAGAGAAUCACUGUGGCGACCAGACUACUGAGGCAACGAUGAUGGUGGGAGCGAUGUCGGCGACACGUCAAUGGUUGCGGUAGUCGGCUCUUCUCCGGCAUGCCCACGGUUUUGCCUUGGUUUGCUUGUUGCUGUGGAGUCAAAGCUGUGGCGGCGGGGCCCUGUGGUGUACGAUGACUGGCUGUUGGUGGUCCGUUCGGCGAUCUUCCGUGGCGCCAGUCGUGCCUGGUAUUGUUCUUCUGAGUUCUCCAUCAGAGUCGGAGCUGUGUUGUCUGGCCGCAGGUCGACGUGUCGUCAAUAAGGGUGGGUUUUGCGCUGUGUGUUUCAGUCUAUGGGAGUGGGCUUGGCCCUUGUUGUUCCGGUU